AGAUUUGCUGUGUAUUUACUGUUUAGAAAUGUAGUUUAAGUAUUGAACUAAAUUCUGAUGCAGCUCUUACAUACAUACAUGUGCAUCAGCAGUGGAAGUGAGAAUUAAGCAGCUGUUGGUUUAACUGGAAAGCUGAUCUGCCCACAGUCCAUUAAGUGGUGGGUUUGUUGACAUUUCCUGUCAGCUUUGUUCCAUCAGGAACUUUUUUUUUUGUGUGGUCGGUCAUCACAUUUGCCCUGCCCUGCCCCACUGUUAUAAAGUACAAGAGAGAACGUCUCCAGACAGCACAGAGACAACAGGGAUGCUCACCGACCUCUCACAGCCAUGAUGCCUGCAGGCUUCUUCUUCUUACUGCUUCUCCUCACAGGUGGAAAUACUUCCAGUUUAAAGUCAUCAGAACUUCAUGGUAAUGAAACAGGUGAUGAACCCGACAGUGACUAUAAGUGCAGCUUCCAAGCUGUUUUAGACUACCUGAAUCUGACCAAAGACAAUCCUAAAUACAUGGCGAACCGGCCGGCUAAACACCACACUACUGCUACACUGAUAUAUAUUGACAUGGCGAUCUAUGCCAUCCUUGAUGUGAGAGAACGCGACCAGACUUUUGUUACUUACUUGCAGAUAUAUGUGGACUGGAACAACGAGCACAUUCGGUGGUCGCCAGAUCAGUUUUGUGGACUUCAACAUAUGACAGUUCCUACUCAUUUUUUGUGGAUGCCGGACGUAAUUAUUGAAGAUAUGAUCGAUGAGAAAGCCAUUUCAUGUCCUUACAUCUUCAUUAACCAUGAUGGCCACGUCGGGUAUCGGACUGACCGGGUGGUGUUCAGCACCUGCAAGAUGACCGGUUACAAAUUCCCCUUCGACAUUCAGAACUGCAACCUCACUUUCAAGUCCCUCAUGCACUCUGAUAAAGACAUAAAGUUAAUUUCCAAUGAAAGCAAUGCAGAGCUCACAGAGUGGUCUCGUGAAGUGUUACGGUCACAGUACGAGUGGCUGUUUGUCAAUUUGACAGUCACUGAAAAAACUGUUCACAACAAUACCAAGAUUCUUUACGUUAUCACCAUGAAGAGAAGGUCUGUCCUCUACGUUGCCAACUUCUUGCUGCCUGUUCUCUUCUUCUUGUGUCUGGACUUGGCCUCCCUCCUGAUCUCCCACAGAGGUGGUGAGAAGCUCAGCUUCAAGGUCACUGUGCUGCUUGCUGUCACAGUGAUGCAGCUUAUUCUCAAUGAAGUUCUGCCUACCUCAUCAGACAGGAUCCCCCUUAUAGCUAUUUACUGCAUUGGAGUUUUUGGUAUGAUGAUGCUCAGCCUCGUGGAGACAAUUUUUGUGAUGUAUCUGAUGGAGAAAGACUUCCAGGAUGAUGAGACUGACAGAGACCGAAGCCUGAAUGAGAGCCGUGAGGACAAACUGGACAAAGGCAACUUCCACAGCUGUUUCAGAGGGAUGAAGAAACAUUUUCACUGUGCAUCUGAUGAUGAAACAUCUGUGCCCAAAGAGGGCAUCAGCAGCCAGCUGACGGACGUGUCUCUUGCCUUGGAAAAGGUCUCGGAUGAGCUUGGAGAGAUCGACAGAAAAAUGAGUCUACUCAGCAGCAGCAAGGAGGAGGAGAAACCCGGCUACUGGACCAGAAUGGCAAAAAAAAUUGACAAGGCUUACUCUAUUAUAUAUGUCAUGUCUGCUUCUCUAUUUUUAGUUACCAUCUUCACAAUGUGGACUACUCCAGAAGUUGAUGUGUAGUAAAGUCGGGAAAGAGAUUGAAUUCACCAUUAACUUAACACAGACACAUACCUCUGUGUAGUCUGUACUUACACGUGUAAUUCACUGGCCAAAACUGACAACACUGACAACAAAAUAUCUCAUUGAUGUCUCAGAUAGGGAGGUGAGGGCUCAUUCUGAUCUGUCAGAACAUGCAGUCAGGUGACCUCACUGAUGAUGGCGUUAUGUUUGCUGAUCUAUAACGCAUCAACACAACGACACCAACCCACAGGGGAGAUAUUUUUUACUUAUGACUAACAGCAAGUUGAGCUGCAGUUCAUUGUGUUGUUAGUUAUCACAAUAAGCUGCACAGACAUGCAUUUUACUCACUUCUAUGUCUUGGAUCCUCAAACUUCAUGUCUGGUUGAAAUUUGGUCUGAUUCUAAAAUAUGUUGGUGGUAAAAAAAAAAAAAAUCAGAUAAAAUUGGGCUCAAUCCAUACAAUGUGUACUAAAAAGGAUGUUUGAACAUUACAAACUGACAUAUUUAAAAUAUUAAUACUUGUUGAAAACUGCAAUUGUUACCUUUCAGCUACGUAGCUGUGUUAAGAUUGUAGUCAUGAUUCAUAGAUACUGGUUGGUCUGGUGGGAGUGGCUUCGGACAGAGAGAGGAGAGCUGAAGGUGUCUUUGGUCUUGGGUUUUGUUCAGUUUGUUUCCAUUGUCAUUUUGUAACCCAUCUGUUGUGGGAUCGUUCCCUACUUGCCUUGAGAAUUGUGAUGACACAUAGAAAACAUAUACUGAUUAUUAACCAUUAAAAAAGCUUAAUCUUUCAAAUACACAAUAACAUAAUUACUAGUGUAAUGUAAUGUGACUGUAGAUGUAUCUAGACUGGAAUUAAAUGCUCAAAUAUAUGAAUAUGGUGCAAUGCAGUUUAAUAUCUUCCGUAUAACAGGUGAAUGGUUAUUUCAUACCUGCAUUUGCAUCUGUAUUUAGCACAAUAAUAUAUUAUAAUGUAUUCAUGAGACAGAUGUAAAGUCUUGGUACCUAGUUCUUAAAUAAUGCAUUAUUUAACUGUAACUUCAUUUAUCUCUGUUUUAAUGUAGUAUGCAAAGAAUAAGUUUUGACAUGUGCAUUUGCCCCCUCAUAAGAGCACGAUUAAAACAAAGAAAAAGUC